UGGACGCCUUCAGCUUUUUGACAUUACACAUAGGAAGAAAGAUGGAUCUCCUAUGGCUUCUGAAGCUGCAGAAAUUAUGGUUCUUUGUUCCUUGGUUUCUUCAUCGCAGUCGUCCCGAUUUGCUCAUUAUAGUAAUGGCUCGUCCGCAUUUAAUGUGCAUUCUUCAUUUGAUGAGGCUGUCACUUUCUUGGGGGAAAAAAUUCAGGCCGUUGAAUAUCAAAUCAGUAGGAGUAUUGCCUCCGAGGUGGUAGUUCAGCAGAAGUCAGAAGAACAUCAAAAGAUGGAAGAGAAAGCUUCAAAUUUGUAUUCAGCCUUAUGGUCAAUUGAAGGUUUAACCGACGAUCAGCGGUAUGAUGCUUUGAGUAAAAUUCCCGAUCAUCCAACUCAAAUGAUCGUUUUCUUUAGUUUACCUUCUGUUGCCCGAUUGGAAUGGGUCAGAAGAUUUCUUUCUCACCAUUAAAUAUCAAUGUUCAAACUUUUUGAUGUUGUAAAACUAUAUAACAUAUGGAUUAUG